CCGCCAGCCGCGCGCCCCGCGCAGGACUGGAUCGAGGCCCUCACGGGCACGGUCGUGGAUCCGGACAGGCUCGGCGACGAGCUGCGCAACGGCGUCGUGCUCUGCGAGCUCGCCUGCGCCAUCUCGCCGGGCAUCGUGAAGCGCAUCAGCGACUCGCCCCUGCCCUACAAGCAGAUGGACAACAUCGCGGCGUUCUCCGCGGCGUGCAAGAAGCUCGGCGUGCCCGAGCACGACUGCUUCGACACGAUCGACCUCUUCGAGGGCAAGGACAUCGUCGCCGUCGUCCAGACGAUCCACGCGCUCGGGCGCACGGUGCAGCUGAGCCGCGAGGACCUGCCGAAGCUCGGCCCGCGCCUCGCGACGGCGAACCGGCGCCAGUUC